AUGGAAUUGCGCUGUAGUGCAGAGAUGCUGUUUGCAGCCAAGUGUCGAGGCAGCCCAGCAGACUUGGCAAUCUCAAUCGAAGCUUUUCGUUUGUACCAGAAGCGCAUGGGCAAUGCUCCUCGCUAUGGCGUGGACGGAUCGAAUGAACACGACAAUACGAAUGAUGAGUCCACGACAUCAUCAUCGUUCGUAUCGCACACCACUCGAACAUGA